AUGGCCACAGCAGCGCAGCAAGUCCUGCUCUCUCCCGCCGAGCUCGCCUACCUCCACUCUUCCCUCUCGCUCACGCCUCCCAUCCGACCCGAUGGCCGCACACCGACCCAAUUCCGCCCACUGACCGCCGAGACGGGCAUUCUGCCGGGCACAAACGGCAGCGCGCGCGUGUGCUUCUCCGACGGCACGGAGGCUAUCGUCGGCAUCAAGGCGGAGCUCGAAAAGACGGCGACGCCGUACGGCGGCUCGGCGGACGAGGACACCUCGAGGAUACGGCAAGGCGAACAAUGUCGGAGGACGGCGGCACAGCCUCCAAGGGCCGCAGCGAAUCCUCCUCAUCCUCGCCGCCCCCUCUCGUACCCGCUCCCCCUCCUCUCCCUGACCACGCACCUCCGCCCUCCUCGCCACCCGCGUCCCGCGCCUCAAGUCCGAGGACCGACGAGGACCCCCAUGUUCGACGACGACUGGCAAGGCCUCCGACAUUCCCUGUACCCCGCGCAACGCCCAAGGGUGGCGCCCCGCCCGCCUGUGACGCUCCUCGGCACCGCGAGCAGCGCCGCCGCCGCCGCCGCCGAGGGCAGGCAACUGCGCCUGCUGUCUGUGCGGACGGUCGACCCGCCGUCGCGACUCACGUCGUCGGGCGUGCCCAACUCGGAGAACCCGGCCACGAGCGUGUCGACGCCAGGGAAGAAGGCGGCUGUGCCGCUGCCGGGCGUGGUGGGCUACGGCGUGCAGCAAGGCGUGUGGAGGCCGCCGGUUGGGGGCACCAAGUUUGCCGUGCUGGAGGCCAUGAUUGGGAAGGUCCUGGAGAAGGGCGGUGUCGCGGAUGAGGUGUUGGAUGGACUCGAGGGCGUAGACCUGGUACAGGGUAUACUACAGAUCCGCCACGCGCCACGGCGCCGGGGCUUCCUUUACAUGACGACGUUUGUACAUUUCGGUGACCCGAUUUUCUCGCCUAGUUCCAUUUAUUUGGUGCCCUGCUUUUCCGCAGCGGCAAUGGCCUCGGCCGCGAGGGCCUCGGCGCCGCGAGAGGGCGCCGCACUCUCGUCCUCGUCCUCGUUGCUCGACUUGAACCAGUUGGCGACUGGGUUGCUCUUGUCAAGACCGUGCACCUUUCUGUAG